AUGUCUGCGUUCAGAGCUUUUAUGAUUUAUGAUUACCAAAGAAGCUUUUUCUUCCUAUUCAUUAGAAGAGGUUUCUAAGUUUCUCCAAAGUGGAAUGAAUGUAGAAAAGGAUUAGAAACAAAACUUCAAGAGAUGGUCAAAGAACCUAAAGACGCUUUUGAGUAAUCUUCGCCAUAUGGAGUAUUUAAAUGUAAAUAUGACAAAAAGAACAAAUGUUACUUCAUUUUAUUGAGUAGCAAUGAAGUUUAAGAAGUUUUUCAAAAUUCAGUUUUGGAUGAAAUUUAUAAAAUCAUAGAAAAAGCACCCAAUUAUUCAAAAUAGAUUAAAAAAGAGGAAUUAGAAUAAAAGGAGAGUGAAACAAUCUAGAAUCUGCUGGAAACUAAAGAAAAUGAAUAUAUUAAAAAAUAUGGAAAAGUGAAACCCUUUGAAGAGUCCAAUGAAUCUAAAGCCAAUGGCUAGAAUCAAUAGAAAAGUAUGAUAUAAUCAUAACCAAAAGUGGUAUCUUAAAUUAAUGGAAAAUAAAAUCAAAGACCACCCUCUUAACUUCAAAAUGCAUCUGCUAUUUACAAUUAAAGUUAAGGAAUUAACUCCGAUAAAGAUCUAAGUUCUGACACACUCAUUAAAAUAUUUCGAUGCUUUCUUAUGUGGGAUUACAAUAGACAAUUCUUUUUUAUGUUCAUUAGAAAAGGAUUUCCAAUUGAUAAAAUCUGGAGUCAAGAGCGAGUCAAAUUAGAAAAUUAACUGAGAGCUAAAUAGUUAGAUCCAAAUGAUCCGAAAGCAAAACCAAAGGAACCUCCUGAGUUAUUCGAUUAUAGAGGCAAUUUUGGAUAAUAUAAAGCAAAAUAUGAUAAAAAAGCUAAAUGCUAUUUUAUCUUACUCUCAAGAUUUAAAAUUAAAGAAGAUCCGUAAAUUAAACUCCUAGAUGCUUUAUAUAAUGAGAUAUAAAAGGUGGAUAAAUAUAUUACAGUAAUAAGUUUAAGUUAAAUAUAGAUGAAAUAUGACGAUUUAGAAAGUAAGAAAAAAGGAGUUUUAGAAAAAAUCAUAGACGAACAUGAGAAGGAAGCAUAAAAUCAAGUGAAUCAAAGAUUUAUUGACACUAAAGUAAUAGAAUCAAAAUUAGGUAUCCUUCAAUCACCAGAAAGAAAUCCUUAAAGAGAUUCUGAAGAAAGUGUGUCACCAUAAAAUGGUAGAGUAUCGAUUAAUGAUACGUCAUAAAAAUAAAUAUAAAUGUUAAAUUAAAAUCAAACCGAAUAAACUUAACAAUAGGAAAGUAGAAUAAAUAAUUCAAAACUAUAAUAAUAAAAAUCCAUAUUUAAUUAGUAACAAUAACCAUAAGAAUUUGAAUAAUAGAAGGAAAAGCUUUAGACGUUGGAUCUAUAAGAAGCUUAAGGUGAUCCUGAUCCUUCUGCUAAACAAGAUAAUCUUGAUCUUAAUUCUAACCAAGAUGAUCCUGAAGCUAUUCCUAUAAACACAGAAGAUGGCCUAUUAGCAUAAAGAAUUAGUUUGUAUUAUACCAAACCAUUAAAUGUUUCUUAAUACAUUAAAUCUGGAAAUUGA